UCUUUUCUGCACUUAGUCCACCAAACAGCCUUCCACUUGUUAAGUCAUGCUGACUGGAUCUUGGACUUAUUGCUCAGCUAUGCAAUAGAGCAGAGGAUUAUCCAAGCACUACAACAAAGAUCUGGAAUUCUACUUUCUUCAUUCACCGGCCUGACUGACAGAGAGAAACUAAGCUCUUUCAUCCUUUUAAACAAUUUUUCUAUAUCUGUUUUUUGUGUAACUACUCUUCAGCAUGACCUUGUUAUCAGAGGACCAGUCUGCAAGGCCCCAGCCCUGUAUGCUCUCAGAACCGGGUAAACAUAUUACCACGUCUGUGCAAGAGUCUACAACGGACUACCCCUGUUCCAAAGAAGACUACAUAAACAGUGGCGACAGUGAUGUAUUUGGAGUUGUUGAGCCGCCCAGACGCUCUCUAGGUCGUCUUAUCCUCCACAGCCUGGUGAUGUUUGGUCGGGAGUUCUGCUAUGCUGUUGAAGCAGCUUUUGUGACACCGGUGCUGCUGAGUGUGGGUCUACCUCGCAGUUUGUACAGCCUCGUGUGGUUGAUCAGCCCCAUCCUUGGGUUUCUGCUGCAACCCAUUAUCGGCUCGGCCAGCGACUACUGUCGCUCGCCCUGGGGACGGCGGAGGCCUUACAUCCUGGUCCUUGGCAUCAUGAUGCUGAUAGGGAUGAGCAUGUUCCUGAAUGGAGAUGCUUUCAUUUCAGCACUGGUCAGCAACAGGUCAUUAAGGAGCAUUUGGGCCAUCGUCGUGGUGAUGUUCGGGGUGGUGUUGUUUGACUUUGCUGCAGAUUUCAUCGACGGGCCCAUCAAGGCCUACCUGUUUGACGUGUGCUCUCAUUCUGACAAGGAGAGGGGUCUGCACUAUCAUGCUCUGUUUACAGGACUGGGUGGAGCGUGUGGUUAUUUGGUUGGAGCUAUGGACUGGGGCCACUCAGCCUUAGGUCGUCUGUUGGGCUCCGAGUACCAAGUCAUCUUCUUCUUCUCUGCAAUCACCUGGGGCUUUUUCCUCACCGUGCACCUGUUUAGCAUUCCAGAGACACCUCUUUCCAAGGAGCCUUCAGUGUCUGAUUCCUCGUCUCCAAGUGCUCUCCGUUUACUGGGCUCCCAUAGCAAUGGUUACGGAGCCCUUGGUAAAGAGCCAACCUCUCCUGCUGUCCAAAUAUCUGCCUCAGACCUCAGGCCAAGAUCCUUUUCAACUUUGGGCGAAAGGCCGAGAUCUUAUUCAGCUCUGGGCGAAAGGCCGAGAUCCUUCUCAGCUCUGGGAGAAGCUAAUUCUGUGACAUCAAGCGCCAAGCAGCCAAACAAGGAGCAGAAGAAGAUGACUUUCAGGUCCCUGAUGAAAGCUUUCAUCAACAUGCCAAGCCACUAUCGUUGCCUGUGCAUCAGUCACCUGCUGGGAUGGGCAGCCUUUCUCUGCAACAUGCUCUUCUUUACUGAUUUCAUGGGACAGAUUGUUUAUAAAGGAAAUCCUUAUGCAGAACACAACUCUACAGCGUAUGCCACCUACGAGAGAGGUGUAGAAAUUGGCUGCUGGGGACUGUGUAUUAAUGCGGUGUCUUCUGCUCUUUAUUCAUACGUGCAACGUUUCCUGCUUCCAUACAUCGGACUAAAAGGGUUGUAUUUCAUGGGGUACUUUGUGUUCGGCAUGGGAACCAGCCUAAUUGGCCUCUUUCCGGAUGUCAUUGCCACGCUCAUCCUCUGCAGUGUGUUCGGCGUCAUGUCCAGCACGCUCUACACAAUCCCAUUCAACCUGAUAGCAGAAUACCAGCGAGAAGAGGAGGAACAACAAAAGCUUCUAGGGAGCAAUAAAAGUCCCAGAGGCACCGGCAUGGACUGCGCUGCACUCACCUGUAUGGUCCAGCUGGCUCAGAUCAUUGUGGGAGCGGGGCUCGGAGGUUUGGUCAACGCAGCAGGAAGUGUAAUUGUGGUUGUCCUGUCAGCCUCAGCUAUGUCUUUAAUAGGCUGCAUCUUUAUUGCUCUCUUUAUCAGAUAUGUGGAAUAAUACUGCUUUAAAUAUUAAUGGUGCUGUUUUAAUAAAUAAAAAGUAAAGCCUCUUUCUUAUAUCGUUAGUCUGUUUCUUCUAUGAAUAAUAUAUUAUAUUUGAUUGUUUCCCAACAUGAUGAAUGAAAUCAACAUAAAUAGAUCUCUUGUUCAUCUUUUUCAUUUUUACUGUGCUGGCAAAUGUGUGAAGAGUCAAUGUUUCUUACUGAUGUGUCUGUUCUCUUUAAUGCCAUGUACAAUGAAGCUGAAAGCUUGACAUGCUGCCUUUAGUCUGAAUUCAUACACUGAGCUAACUUGAUCUAAAUGGUAUACACCACUAAAGGAGCCAGCCUUGAAGACAUUGUUUUGCAAAAUACAAAGAGUUCCUUUCA